AGAGCUUUUUAGUUCAACCAGUGAGUUAAGAAAGGUAUGGGUUGGAUGGAGCGGCCAGCUAAUAAAGAAAUGGGAGAGUAGGAGUAAGAGUAGGAAGUGGUGUCCUGGGGGGAGGGACAAGAUGAUGAUGAUGAUAGUUAACAUUUACUGGGUUUCACUAUAGAAGACAACGAUAAAACCCUUUAGAUGAGGUAACUCAUUUAAUCUCUAUUCCUAUGAGGUCAGUCAUCUUACUAGCCUCUUUUUAUAAAUGAGGACACUGAGGCUUGGAGAGGUUAAGGAACAGGCCCAAAGAAAGACAAAUGGAAAGUGCAGAGCCAGGCUGUGAAUUCUAGUAGGCUGAUCUCAGAAUAUAUCUCUAAACUCCAUGCUACAGCUGUCCCCGAUCAAGAUGGAAAGAAAGUGAGGACAUAGGACAAAGAGUGAGAGGACAAUAUGGCUUGAACAGAUGUGAUAAGACAGCUGGAGUUGACCUAAAAAAGGGUAUAAAAUCCAGAUGCAUGGUCAUGGAGGCUACGAUUCUGAUUUUAGUGAUGAUGAACACUGUGGAGAAUCCAGCAAAAGGAAAACAAGGACAGUUGAAGAUGACUUACUGCUCCAAAAACCAUUUCAGAAAGAAAAGCAUGGAAAGGUGGCCCAUAAACAAGUUGCAGCGGAAUUGCUGGAUAGGGAAGAAGCAAGAAAUAGAAGGUUUCAUCUCAUAGCUAUGGAUGCUUAUCAAAGACAUACAAAGUUUGUAAAUGACUACAUUUUAUAUUAUGGUGGCAAAAAAGAAGAUUUCAAGCGUUUGGGGGAAAAUGACAAGACAGACUUGGAUGUUAUACGAGAAAAUCAUAGAUUCCUAUGGAAUGAGGAGGACGAAAUGGACAUGACUUGGGAGAAGAGACUUGCUAAGAAAUACUAUGAUAAAUUAUUUAAGGAAUACUGCAUAGCAGAUCUCAGUAAAUAUAAAGAAAAUAAGUUUGGAUUUAGGUGGCGAGUAGAAAAAGAAGUAAUUUCAGGAAAAGGUCAGUUUUUCUGUGGAAAUAAAUAUUGUGAUAAAAAAGAAGGCUUAAAGAGUUGGGAAGUUAAUUUUGGUUAUGUUGAGCAUGGUGAAAAGAGAAAUGCACUUGUUAAAUUAAGGUUAUGCCAAGAAUGUUCCAUUAAAUUAAAUUUUCAUCACAGGAGAAAAGAAAUCAAGUCAAAAAAAAGAAAAGAUAAAACCAAAACAGAUUGUGGAGAGUCAUCACGUAAAAAAUCCAGAUUAUCUUCUGCAGAAGAGGCCUCCAAGAAAAAAGAUAAAGGACAUUCAUCUUCAAAGAAAUCAGAAGAUUCUCUAAAGAGAAACUCUGAUGAGGAAGAAAGUGCUUCAGAAUCUGAACUUUGGAAGGGUCCACUACCAGAGACAGAUGAAAAAUCACAGGAAGAAGAAUUUGAUGAGUAUUUUCAGGAUUUGUUUCUAUAAGACAAGAGAGACUUAAUGUGAAACUUCAUGAAGUUUUAAACUUCAUGCAAUUUGAAAUUCCAUGUAAGUUUUUAUCUGCAAGUUACAGCUUGUGUGGUGUCUUUGGAAAUAAAAAUCCAGAUUCUCUCAGAAUGUCA